UUUAUUUCUUUAGAGAGAGAAAAAAAACCCAAAAUUAUUUUAAUAAAGAAAAGUUAGUUUAGGGACGUUACCGGAUUCCAACUGGUUUUAUUCACCGGGAUUUGGGAUUAUUUUCACGUCCGUUUAUUUCCCUUCUUUCUUCCAUCAAUAUCAAUUCACUUGGAUUACUCUUGGGAUUACAAAAAAUUUUAAUUUCCUUUUUUGGGUCUCUUUAAAAGAAAAUAAAGUUUCAAUUUUUUUUACAGUAUUUAUGACUCUAGAUUUUUAUUGAUCCACUAGAAUUUUUAUGAUGAGUACAACUCCUCAAAAUAAACUAUUUUCGAGUUGGUUUUCUCCCACCCGAAACGGGUCGGGUUCUGGGAAUUCGGACCCUAAAGAAAAGGGUUUUGCAAUUGGGGAUAAAACACCAAAAGGGUUAGUUUCAAAAGUUGGAAUUAUGGAUCAAGAUGCUCUAGUUGAUAAAAUUACUAUGCUUGAAAAAGAGCUCUAUGAAUACCAAUAUAACAUGGGCCUCCUACUCAUGGAGAAAAAAGAAUGGGUCUCUAUGAAUGAAAAAUUUGAGAGAGAGUUAGCUGAGGCCAAAGAGCUCCUUCAGCGUGAGCAAACAUCACAUCUUAUUGUGAUUUCAGAGGUGGAGAAGCGAGAGGAGAAGUUGAGGAAAGCGUUGGGAGUUGAAAAGCAAUGUGUCAAUGAGUUAGAAAAAGGUUUGCGUGAAAUGCGCUUAGAAUAUGCGGAAAUAAAGUUCACGGCUGAUUCGAAAUUGGAGGAAGCGCAUGCUCUGUCUGCUAGCAUUGAAGGGAGGUCAUUGGAGGUAGAGGCGAAGUUACGUGCUGCUGAUGCCAAGCUUGCUGAGGUCAGCAGGAAGACAUCAGAAAUUCAGAGAAGAUCAGCUGAGAUCGAGGCAAAAGAAAGUUCUCUGAUGAGGGAACGCCUGUCAUUCAAUAACGAGAGAGAUGCACAUGAACGGAAUCUAUCUCACCAACGGGAGGACUUGAGAGAAUGGGAGAGGAAGUUACAAGAGGGAGAGGAGAAGCUGGCUGAGGUGCGUAGAUUGCUCAACCAAAGGGAGGAGCUGGCAAAUGAUAGUGAUAGAGUAUAUAAACAGAAACAACUUGAUCUUGAUGAAGCACAAAAGAGAAUCGACAUGACUAAUUUGGAUUUGAAAACUAAGGAAGAAGAAAUAAGCACCAGGAGUGAAAACCUAGCUUUAAAAGAGAAAGAUGCUGCUGCCAUGAGAAAAAACUUAGAGUUAAAAGAGAAGGAAUUAGUAGAGCUAGAAGAGAAGCUCAAUAUGCGAGAACAGGUAGAGAUUCAAAAGCUUUUGGAUGAACAUAAAGAGCUCUUGGAAGCGAAGACUCGUGAUUUUGAGUUGGAAUUGGAACAAAAGAGAAAAUCAUUGGAUGAGGAGUUUAAGAUCAGGGUUAUUGAGGUGGAGAAGAAGGAAGUGGAAGUUAAUCACACAGAAGGAAAAGUUGCAAAACGAGAGCAGGCAGUAGAAAAGAAACUUGAGAAAAUUAAGGAAAAAGAGAAAGACUUUGAUCUGAAAUCGAAAGCUUUGAAGGAGAAAGAGAAGUCCCUUAAAGCCGAGGAGAAGAAUAUAGAGAAAGACAGGGAAGAAGUUCGCAGCGAGACGGAAAGUUUGUCAAAUCUCAAAGCUGAGCUUGAGAAGAUACAUACAGAGAUUGAAGAACAACGAUCUAAGGUUAAGGAGGAUCUGGAAAGGCUCCAAGUAACAGAAGAAGAAAGGUGUGAGCAUGUCCGUUUACAGUCUGAAUUAAAGCAAGAGAUAGAAAAUACUAGACAAGAGAGGGAAGUGGUUCUGAUGGAAAGGGAGAACCUAAAGCAGGAAAAGGAGAAGUUUGAAAAAGAAUGGGAAGAUCUUGAUGAGAAAAGAGCCGAGAUCAUGAAGGAAUUAGAAUCUGUUGCUGCACAGAGGGAAAACCUGGAAAAAAUGAAUCGGCUAGAAGAAGAAAAGUUGAAUAAUUUGAGGUUGGAAACAGAGAGCUAUGUAGAGAGAGAGUUAGAAGCCCUCAAGUUAUCUAAAGAAUCAUUUGCUGCUAAUAUGGAGCAUGAAAAAUCUGUCUUAGCUGAAAAAUAUAACAGCAAGAAAUCCCAACUACUUCAUGACUUUGAAGUGAAGAAGCAAGAGCUCGAAACUGAUUUACAGAACAAAGAGUCAGACCUUGAAAAUCGCAUGCGUGAACGUGAAAAAUCAUUUGAAGAAGAGAGAGAAAGAGAGUUGGCGAAUGUCAAAUACUUGAGAGGUGUUGCAAGUAGAGAAAUGGAAGAGAUGAAAUUAGAAAGGGUACGGCUAGAGAAGGAGAAACAUGAUGUAUCUACAAAUCAGAAGCAUCUAGAAGGGCAGCAGCUGGAAAUGAAGAAUGAUAUAGACAAGCUUGUUGGGAUUAGCAUGAAGUUAAAAGAACAACGUGAACAAUUUCUUAAGGAAAGAGAGCGGUUUGUUGCGUUUGUUGAGCAACAGAAAAGCUGCAAGGAAUGUGGCGAGAGAGUUUCUGAGUUUGUCUUAUCUGAUCUUCAAACUUUAGCAGAAAUCAAGAAUGCAGAUAAUUUUGCUUUGCCGAAGCUAGCGGAUGGUUAUUUGAAGGAAGCUAUUCAGGAUACUUCUGAGAGACUGAAUGUCGGGACAUCCUUGGGUGUGGCUAAUUCAGGCUCUCCUGCUUCUGGUAGUAAAACCUUGACCUGGUUGCGAAAAUGUACCUCAAAGGUCUUUGUAUUUUCAGCAGGGAAGAAGGAUGAACACGAAGCUGGUGAAACACAAGCACAAGAGAAGCUUGUGGAUGUUGGAGAAAUACCAGAAUAUAUUCUGAGCUCAGAAGAUGAACCAGAAGUGUCAGCAAAGGUCGCGCCAGAUUCUUUUAAUAUCCGUAGGCGGGUGGAGCAAUCAGGUGAUGAUCUUAGAAACAACAACAGCCAGGCAAAUGAGAUUGAAGAAGUUUCUCAGCAGCUUAAUGGAAACAAAGGUCAAAAUAAGCCAUCCACGAGGCGCAAAUCCAGGGCUACCAGAGCUCAUUCAAUGAAGGCUGCUAGUGAAAAUAAUGAGAGUGCUAAUGGUGUUGCAGACCACUCUACUUACACAAAUGAAGUGAGCCAAGGCAUAUCAAAAGGUGGAAGUCGCAAGCGUGCAAGUGAACAAGAGCCUGAGUACAGUGAACAAUCUGGCAGUGUUACCACUGAGGGCCGCAGGAACACGAGACAAAAAGUGUCUAAAGGAGUAGAAGCUCCUCAAGUAAGACGAUACAACCUACGCCGACCCAAGACUGGAGCCCCCACGGCUGGUGGCAGACCCUUGUCUAAUCAAAGUAAAGAGGAGGGUGUUGGGAGAAAGAGAAGAAAUCCUGGUUCAAAGGUUCAACCUGGAGCUUCGACAAGUUUAGCUAGUGAAGAUCAUGUCUCCAAUGGAGAUCACGCCAGUGACUCCCAAUCCCAUAUGAAAGGCACGGAUGAAGAGAAUGAGGUAGGAAACAAGCGUUCAGAUGAUAGGGUUAUGAGUGAAGAGGUGAAUGGGACGCCUAACCGUGAUAGGGAAUGUGACGAUGGCGAGAUUGGAACUCCUGCCGCGUCUGACCAGAAGGAAGAAGAUGAAGAUUCUGAAGAUGAUGAGGAGAUUGAGCAUCCUGGUGAAGUUUCCAUAGGAAGAAAGCUAUGGACUUUUAUCUCAACAUGAUGAAGGAAUAAAAGAAAGCUUUAUAUUUGCAUGCAUAGAGUCCAAACAACUCUUUCCUUUUUGGCAUCAAGAGUUGUUUCUUGUGUUUCUAGUGUCUAUCGAUUGUUUAGCUAGUUUAGAAGAUGGUAUGGUAUAUCGUUAGAUUGUUUUGCAAGGAGAGAUGCUGUUAGCUACAUUUCAUGUAAACGUUCACACUUGCUUUUCGUUUUCUUGUGUGUUGUUUGUGAUCUCUUUUAGAGUUCUUAAUUUGUUAUAAGACAUGGAUUCUUCAUUUUA